AUGGACGAAAAAACUGUGUAUGUGCUUGCACUUGAAAUUAUAGUUCUUCAUCCAUACUACAAACUGGAAUAUAUCAAGAUGACUUGGGAAGGACGCGAAGAGCAAGAACACGAGCGCGCAGCCGGCAACUUUAAUGCUAAGGAUUGGCAUGAUGAGGCUUUGAAAGUUGUAGAGACCACUAUGGAAGACUACUGGAAAACUCACCCCUCCUCUACUACUACCAUGCAUCCAUUAGCUACUGCAUCAGUUGCCAGUACUUCCACAACUCCCUCUCAUGAUACGAUCAUGGUGGAAUCUGCAUUUGACCACCAUUGCUGCUUGCUUCUUGAACAGGCAACACUGGAUCAUGAUGCUGGCUGGGCAGCAGAACUCCAGAGAAACAUUAUUCUAUGUAUCCUACGCUUGCAAGAAUUGCUAUGGACAUCUGUGCAAUUCCCACAUCAUCUGUACCCUGCGAACAACUUUUUUCAGGUGAUGCUCAAAUUCUCAUGGCGCAAGUCUCUUGCUGACUCUGCUCAAGCAAACUCAGGUAUUGCUGAGGAAGUUUUGCUAGAUGAGUACAAAGAUUUCCUUCUUAUGGAUGAGGGCAUGGUGCAGUGGGAGAACGAAGCUGGCAAAGUUGAGACCAUUUGGUAG